UUGGUGAGACUCGGACAGAAGCGGGCUAUCUCACCGGUAAAGAUGGCUUGAAUGGUGGCCGAUAAAGAUUUUCCCGUUUUACCGGGGGAAUGUAAACAGUCUGUUGUCAGCACGCGUUAGUGUAGGUAGAACUUGUAUGUUUUACAGUCUACGAGUCAUCUGUCGUAGGAGCUACCAUGGCAAACGUGAAAGUAGCGAUUCGAGUUCGUCCUCUCAACGCAAGGGAAAGCGUGGAUGGGGGGAAGCUAGCCGUGCAGGUGGAGGAGAAGUUUGUGAGGAUCAAGAAUGUGAAGCCGGAGGUGCGCCUGGACGGACACAGCGACGGCAGAGAGAAGCUUCUGGAAUUCGGCUUUGACUACUGCUACUGGUCCGUGGACCCUGUGGACCCUCGCCACGCUUCCCAGGAGGAGGUGUUCCAGGACCUGGGUGUGUCGGUUCUGUCUGGAGCGUCGGCAGGAUACAACGUGUGUCUGUUUGCCUACGGUCAGACAGGCACUGGGAAGACCUACACCAUGAUGGGCACCCCGGACUCCAUGGGUCUGACCCCCCGGAUCUGUCAGGGCUUGUUCAGAUCGGAGGGCAGCUUCCCAGACGGACAGAGCUCCAGUCGGGUUGAGGUCAGCUUCCUGGAGAUCUAUAAUGAGCGCGUGCGGGACCUGCUCGGAGGAGGGGACCAGAAGAAGAGGGCCUCUCUGAGGGUCAGGGAGCACCCAGAGAGGGGCCCCUACGUCCAGGACCUUUCUCAACACACAGUGUCAGACUACAGGCGGGCCGUGGAUCUCCUUGAGGAGGGCAUCGCCAACCGCAUCACCGCGGCAACCCACAUCCACGAUGCCAGCAGCCGCUCCCACGCCAUCUUCACCAUCCAGUACACCCAGGCUAUUCUGGAGAACAACCUGCCUUCUGAGAUCGUAAGCAAGAUCAACUUGGUGGAUCUAGCAGGGAGUGAGAGAGCCGACCCCCACUACUGCAGGGACAGACUGACAGAAGGAUCCAACAUCAACAAGUCCCUGGUCACCCUGGGCAUCGUCAUCUCGGCCCUGGCCCAGAACUCCCAGAUGUCCAGCAGCAGCCAGAGCAUCAACAGCGUGGCCAGUGAGGGGGAGGGCAGCGUGAUGGGCAGCCAGGCCAGCGUGAUGGGCAGCCAGGCCAGCUCUCUGUCUGGGGGAAGGCACUGCUUCAUCCCCUACAGAGACUCGGUCCUCACCUGGCUCCUGAAGGACAGCCUGGGAGGAAACUCCAAGACCAUCAUGAUCGCCACUGUCUCCCCCUCCUGCUCCAGCUACAAUGAGACUCUUAGCACGCUACGCUACGCAGCCCAUGCCAGGAACAUUGUCAACAAGCCCCGCGUCAAUGAGGAUGCCAGUGUGAGGCUGAUCAGGGAGCUGCGCCAGGAAAUCGACCGUCUGAAGAGCAUGCUGCUCAGCUUCGAGAUGCGUAACCCCAGUCCAUCUCUGAGCGACGAGAGGGAUGGAAACCUCUCUGAUAUUGUGCUGCAGAACGAGCUGAAGGUGGAGCAGCUGACUAAGGACUGGUCAGAGAGCUGGCGGGAUAAGCAGGAGCUGCUGGAGCAGUACAGUGUUGACAUUAACAGAGACCGGGCUGGUUUCCUCAUCCACUCCCUGCUGCCCCACCUUGUCACACUAGACAGAGACGUCCUCAGCACUGGGGUCACUUUCUACCAUCUCAGGGAGGGGGUGACUCUCAUCAGCCCUCAGACCCCACUGGAGGAGCCUCAAAUAGUGCUGCAGGGCGGCGCCACCUGUGAGAUAGAGAACCGGGGCGGGGUCGUGACCCUCAGGCCACUGCCAGGGAGCGCCUGCAUGGUCAACAACAGGGAGGUCACCAAGCCCUGCAGACUGGCACAAGGGUCAGUGAUCACUCUGGGAGGAGUCCACAAGUUCCGCUUCAACCACCCAGAAGAAGCAGCCGUCCUCAGAGAACGGAGACGUGCCAGUGAGGGAGCGCUGACCUGCAGCUAUGGUGACCUUCAAACCCUCACCUCGGAUUCCAGUGUUGGAGGUGAGCUCCUGGGUCAGCCUGGUGCCGGGCUAGCCCCCAGUGAGGGGCCUCUCCCCAGGCAGAGACUGGAGGAGCAGCAGAGGUACGUGGAGAGCCUGCGCCAGGAGAUCCAGAAUGAGCAGAGACGGGCUGAGAGAGACCUGGAGAGAGAGCAGGCUCACCUGAGACAGCAGCACGCCGAGAUCCAACAGUGGAUCCAACUGGAGACGCAGCGCCUGGCAGCAAUAGAGGAGAGGGCGACCCAGGAGUUUGGCGUCCAGACAGACUUCGCCAUCUCUACCCCAUACCAGGGGACCCUGGAGGAUACUGGGGGUCCUGGGGAGCCCAGUUCAGGACCAGUGCCCCCUUCAUCCAAGGCGGUGGGCGCCCGGAAGAAGGUGGUGCAGGAGGAGUUGUUGAAGCACCACGCUCUCCGCCGAGCAGAGAGCCGCGUCCGGCGGAAGAGGCUGCACUACCAGCUGGAGAGGAUCGCCCGGAAGCGUAAUCUUCUGGAGGCCAAGAGGGAACUGCAGCGCCUGGAGAAGGUUCUUCCUCCCGGUGUGGACAGCCCUGGGUCCCCUGAGCUGGGCUCGCCCCCCCGGUCCAGAGGACGGCUCCCGGUCCUGCGCAGGCACUCCUUCUCGGCUGACCUCCUGUCCCGCCUCUACCCUCGACACAUGCCCGUCUUCAGCCACUUCCUGAGGAGAAAUACAUCGGUUGAGCUGACCCCAGUGUCUGUAAGCGGCAGGAAAUGGGUGUCUGACGAGUGCCUCCCCCGUGAGAGGGCCAGGAGUCGCUCCUGCACCGUGUCGUCCUCACACAGCCAGGGCAGCAGAAGCAGAGGACGCUCCUCGGAGAACCUGGGCCAGACGAUCCCAGCAGAGCCUCCCUUGGCUCAGCCCUGCAGACCCCGCCCGGAGAGGAAACCCCUGCUGCCCCAACGGGGACUCCUGUUCAGGGCCAAUCCGAAUCCAGCAGCAAGCCAGCAGUCACUUCCUGGACCUGCUGCACAGCCAAUUAGAAAUCUGAAAAGUGGACCAGCGGCAGACAGGUCCGGCCCCCAGAAGGCUCUGUGUAAGGCUGUAAGGGGUCUCCCUCGUGGUAGCAGGGGCCUAGAUACCCUCAAGAAGGUGUUCUCUCGCUCCGUGGGUCCAGGGAUAAAGAACGCCCUGGCCAGGGUGUUCCGGAAGCCUCCGUCAGGAGUGCAGUGCGGAGGCAGGACGUCCAGGGCGGGUGGCAAGAUCUCAAGCCGUUUUCGCUGGAGACAGACCAGAGACAGGCCCACGGGGGACUCGAAGAUGAGAAGGAGCAGCAUGAAGGUGACGGUGUCGUGCGAGGAACUGGACCAGAGGGCUCUCUCCCAGGCUCCAGGACAGAGACGCUGGCACAGUGCCGAGACCCUGAUGAGCCAGACCUGCCGCUGGGUGAAGAGGCAACAGGGACUGGAAGGAUGGGUGGAAGUCGAAAACGAGGUGGAGGGAGAAGAGGAGGAGGAUGAAGGCUCCUCGGACUGCGACAGCAUGUUCUCGCUGGACUCCCUGUCCUCGGCCUACGCCACGGCGCUGGCAGAGCAGCUGAGGCAGGAGGAGAUGUUCCACAGCGAGGCGGAGAGUGAAGAUAGCCAGAUGUCUAAGGACUCCCUGGCUGUGGAGGAUAGAGGGGAGCACCACGCAGCUAGACUGGGGCUGAGGCAGACAGUCAUCCCCAAACACGCAGUGGUUGCCUUACAUCCACGUGUGGGACAGCAUAUGACCUCCGAGGUUCUGUCAAGGUCAGAGACGGAUACGACUCGCAAACGUCCUGAAAUGCCUGCUGAGGCCUACUGGAGUCAACAUGGCCACCCUAAAGCUAGAGUGAAUGGUGAAAUUGGAGCCACAGGGGGGGCAGUUACCCAGAGACCACCAGCGACAGAGCUCAAAGACACAGCUUAUAAGAGAAGUGAGGAGUGUGGGAAGAGCCCCUCCCUGGCGAGUUACAGCCCUCGUUCUCUCAGUAGCUGCAGUUUAAGGGAACCAGAGACCUUGCUAGCGCUCACGGACGCUUGGUCCUCCACCGAUGCAGCAGACAGUCCCAGAAUGCACAGGGCCUCUCUGGCCCAGAGGAAGAGAAUGGUAUUUACUGCUGUGAACAGCAGCAGCUGCAGCCUUAGUCCCACCAGUGUGGAACUCUCAGAUAGCCAGAGCAGAUCUGGAAGCUAUAGCUCUGUGUCUACCGAGGGGGAUCAUGUGACUGUGGAGGAACACAGACUUGAGGUUUCAGAGGGGAGCCUAGAUACUCUGGAUUUCCCUGAUUUUCAGUUCCUCUCAACCCCAGAGCGUCUAACAAUGGCAGUUAGUCCGGAACCAAUGUGUGUGAAACAAUUUGAAGGACUCUCCCAAACUAUGGAGAACAUAGACAAUGUAGGUGGCCGCCAAAUUAUUGAGACGGAGACUCUCUUACAAGAGCCUGGCUCUAGUACUGACUGUAAGAAUGAGAAUAUCCUUUCAGCAUCACAGCCUACAAUGUCAAGUGAGCCCGGAACACCACAGGUGUCAGUUCUUGCUGAUGUGUCUCCUGAAAGAGUUCCAGAAAUAGCCAUAGACAUCAAUGUGUUUUCCUCAAGUCAUCAAUCAAAAGCUAUUUUAUUGCCUUACUCUGAAAAUGAAAGUGAACUGCUGAGCGAGGUGUUUGACAUUGAAAGUGUCUCGAAUGUUUCCUGUGAAGACACUGAGCUAUGCUAUGAAAAGAAAGUUAGCAUGAAAGUGAAAGACACAGAGUCGUGCGAGGUCACAAAUACCAAAGACAUGUUACUUAACAGUGACAAAAUUCUGCAAAAGCUUGAAACCAAAGAGCCUGACAGCCAGUGUGCACAAACAGAGCAGGAAGCUCUUAAACCAACCAGUAAAAAUUCCAGGAAGAGAAACCAAGUCAAUCAGGAUUCUUUUGUCGGCAGCUUGAAAAUACCAAAGAGGAGCAAUGAAGGGGACCUGGUAACGUUGUCCUCUAGUCCAGUCAGAACCAUCUUGGCAGUUGGUCCUGACAACAAUAACAAUGGCGGUGACUUAAAAGGGAAGUUGUCUGUCUUGGCAAGUGAUAACCCCAGGUUUUCCCAAUCAAACCAUACAGAGGAUGGCUUCAGGCAGGACACACCAGCUGAAGUGUCAAUGGCAGUGCCGGGGACCACAUCCAGUGAAAAUGAAAGGCCCAGUGGGAAGUGGAAAGAUGCUGUAUGUGACUGUAAAUCUGGUGGCGUGGGCGGCCAUGAAGCCAUUCUUUUAGAAGAUGGGGGAGUAACUUUGAAGAGAGAGGGAGAGAGAAAUGAAAGGGAAGACGUUGAAAGCCGGGGGGACAAACCACAGACGGAUAGAAAAAGGAGGGAGAGAGAGAAUAUAUCCCCGCAACCACCUAGAGACAGGGACAGUAGCGAGCUAGACCUGAGGAUCUCAGAAGUUGUGAUGGAGCACAUGAAGAUGUCACUGACAGAUGGAGGUGUUUAUAAAAGGGACGUGGAGAUAGAGAGUGAAAGCCUCACAUGCGAUCCAUUAACCAGACAGCCGGCCAUGGUGGAUCAUUCCCCAGCUAUAGCUGCUAAUCUUGCUUCUGCUUUGUUAGAAAAACAUCAAGACUAUUCAGAGUGGCUUAGAAAAGACACCAGAACAGACCAGACGGUAACACACUACAGAGAGAUUGGAGAGCCCUCUACACUCAUCAAAAACUAUUCACUUUGUACAGAAAAAAUCCACCUUUUUCCUCUUGUUAGUCUGGACAUAAGCGAUGGAUCAGCAGAGAUGUUCCAGGGGAACGAAGGAGGAAAUGCUACUCAGACAUGCACCGACCGUCAAAGCUCUGUAGAUGUUCAACUUGACCAGAGGGGAAACCAACAUGUACAUGUGGUCAGUUCAUCUUCACCGAAGUUCAGUACUGGAGAUUUAGAUCUGAAUGCUGGAAGGAUUUACCAAGGAGAGAAUAAUAAACCAGGCAUGAGUGAGAGGGUUGAAAUUGUACACCAGAUUCAGAAUACAAAUGAUUGUUUUAGAACAACAUUGUUUCAUCCAGCGAAGGAUCCUCCUCCUACUCAAUAUUUUACUGUUGAUUGCCAAAAGAUAGAAUUGGUUCAGACUAUGAAUCCUGACAGUGACGUUAAGCAGCCGAGCCACCAUCACAAACCCUUUACAAUACAGGGGGGGAGUUUUUCCGGGGAUGUUUCCACCUCAGCCAAGGAAUGCUCUACGCCUCAGGAGGUUUUGGCCCAACCAAAAUCAACAAAACUUCCCAAAAAUUCUACUACUUUACUGAUAGCUGUGGAAUUGUCAUCCGAUAAGUCAAGUAGUAGUCAAUAUUCACCAGACAAACAAAAUGGGAAUCAGAGUCAUCCGAAUGAGUCUGUAGAUGUCCAAGGUCUAUCUGCCAGUCCUGAAACUCUAAAUCCACAAAGAAAUCACCCUGGUCACCAAAGAGACAUAAACCUUAAUCAGCCAUUGCUUGCUCAGCCCAUCUAUCCACAAACUCAAUUAGAUAAUGCCCCUCAUGUUUUUGUGAAUGUUGGUGCUAGGGAUAAUCAAGCCAAUAUGAAGGAUGAUCAAUACCGGCUUGGGAAACGGCUGACUGUUGGGUGCUCCAAGAAUAACCUUGCCCUCACUCUCAGACAACUGGCCAAAGAUGAGGAAGAGUCAGUGACGAAUCAACUCCCGACAAAGUCUCCUUUGAUAACACCAAUGGAGAAGUCUUUGCCUGGUAUAGCUUCAUCUCCCAACAUACCACAAGGAAGUAGGGAUGGUAGCAUAAAGAUAUUGGCUGAUAGUUGUGGAGAUUACAGAUCCAAAGAGGGAGAUGCCAAGACUAAUUGUAAACAGAGACAUUCUAUUGGCGCCAGCAAAAAGGGAAAGUCAAAGAGGUUCCGAAGGGUUCAGGCUCAAAUCCUUCCUAGUUCCUCAUCAGACUCGACUCUCAAGUCUUCUUCAGAUGAAGAGGAGAACAUCAUCAGAGUUAACCGAAACAGGUGCUCGCCAACAUCAAGGCUAAAGAUUGGCUCUCAUAGAAGUGGACAGCCAGACGUCGCUCUAGUUAGCGGAGUAGCCGUCGCUUCAUCAAAGCCCAAAGUUACGACCAUUAAGGAAACUUGUCGAGCCAGUGGUAGACGUGGGAGGGAUUCUGGAGUCUGUGUGUCCCAGAAAGAGCAUGGUGUGACGGCACGAUCCCUUCACGUGGUUGAGGUGGAGAAAAGAACCGGUCGAGGGAAAGCCGUGUUCAUUAGUAUGGCAGAGAGUGAAAUGUUGCCUUGCACUCCAAAGCCUAGGGAUUCGCCAAUGCACUUUGCCUCAAGUGACAUAAACCCUUUUGUUCACCAAUGGCAGAGUGAGGAUGCAGAUCAAAGGUGUCACAAAACCCCAGCCUUUGGAAGUGCAGCAGACCUAACUUGCAAAUCUCCCUUGCUGAACGGUGUUGAGAAGCACAUAACCAGAUGCUGCAGUGUGGACAACGGUUUGAAUGUGCAGAACUCUCCUUUCAACUCCCACCUCAGCACUUACGCAAACAACAAGGGUCUCUCCAGCACCCUGAGCAGCAUUGAAGACUUCCAAGAACCAACCUCCCACAAGUCUCAGCUCAGCCCAGGAAGCGAUGGAUCCUGUGUCAAUCAACAACCCCCUAACAUGACAGAAGCCGUCAGGAGCAAUUCCUCACGUAACAGUGUUUCUGUUGGGUUGGGGACCAGCUUGGGCCAGGUGGAUGAGAUCAUGCUGGUGUACUCCUCUGAGCAGGAGUCCCAGACCGGUAGACCUCAAGCCUGUGGCAUGAUGUGUGACCAUGGCACCCAGACGACUGGGGAUGUCGGAAAGAGAAUCCGCCAUAGAAGGAGCAGCACUCAGGUACCACAGUCCACCAGGGUUAGAGAUGCUAGCAGAGAGUCCAACACCUGGGCUAGCCUCCAAAACAUGUCUGAACAUCUCUCCCAGCUGAUCCACAGUACCUCUGACCUUCUGGGGAACGUCCAAUGCAUGAGGAACGGGGAUGUCUUGAAACGUAGUCCGAGAAACAGUCUGCGACAUUUUCAAGUGUCACAUUGUUACUCCAAAGAUCAGACCAAAAGAGACUGUUCAACCCAAACAGCAGUAGACAUUGGUAUUCAGACCGAAAAGACUCCAAUGCCUGCUCUGAAGAAAAUGUCUGUUUACCAAUAUCCAUCCGUUGAGAGAUCAAAACCCCAUGAGGUCAAUGUGAUAGUCAAAGUGAUUGGCUCAGAAGUUCUCAAUGUCUCUCAAGAAGAUAACUCUGUGUGUCGAGACAGAGUUCAGACCAAGACGGAUGAUAAGAUCCAAAGCAUGCCUGACCUGAGAACGAAUGGCUCUCCUAUAGUCAUAGGAUCCAUCUGUCAACAAGUUGGCGCCCCACACAAAGUUCUGUCCAUGGAGACUGUUGUCCAUUGUCCCAAUCAACCAAGAUCUGCUGUUCACUCAGACCCCUCAAGCGGCCUUAAACCAGAGCUCUCCCCCAGAAGCAUUAGAAUCUCUGAAAUCCUGAGUAGCUCCUUCCAGGAUGUCAGCCAAGAGAAUUUGAAAAUGUGUGCCAACCCUGAAGUUAGCUCUGUAAAACAACAACAACAACAAACCGUGAUAUACACUGACCGGGCUUCCUCCCCCAUCCUCACUGUGGGAGUCAGGCCAGGCCAGGGAAGAGAACAGGCUGUACAACUUCACAAGAAACACCAAACACCCAAAAUGCAUAAUGGAAAUAAAGACCAAAUGAACAAUAAAAAGGCUUGCUGGUCUACACCCUGCCUUGAUCUCCUCGUCAGGGAACAUCGAACAUCCCUGUCUUUAACAGAUCGCGGUGAAAUGUGUGAGCUAGAUUCGAGUGACGGUUCCAUCAAUAAAUCAGAGUCUGUAUCACUUGAGAAUGUAAGUGAACUGAGACAUUCAAGCACCAAAGAAAUGGAUGAACGCUCAGUCAGUUCAUCUGCAGACAAUGAAAGUAGAUGUCCAAUGACAGAACUAAGAGACACCACCUUUUCCAACCCUACCAAGCAGAAGACUUCUUGCCAAAGUCUGAGAUGGUCAAUAUCUUCCCUUUCCAGUAAUGGAAUAACCAUGCCGAACCACACCCCUCUCACAAGACAGUCUGGUGCGUGCCGACAAGAAGGAACAUCGGUUUCUACCCUGGAACACCUCCAGAGCUACAAGCGGAGGACGACCGCGUUUCACCACAGGGAAUUAGAAGAUCCAGGGGAGUACCACGACGGUGGUUAUGACCCCACCCCGAUCAGUAAGAGGACUAUCCAGCUUCAGGAGGAUGACCUAAAGUCGCUAGCUCCUAGCGAGUGCAACACAGAUGUCCUGGUGAACAUAAACCCCAUCGCUAAUCCGUCCCCACAGCCUGAGCACGGUCUGGUGCCUGAGGACCUGCCGAUGCACAACAAGUUCACCAGCUGGUCCGGGAUCAGUCACCAGCUUACAGAGAGACGGACCAGUGGCACAAACAAACCAGCUGCUUGUCCCCCCGACAAUCCUGAGGUGAGGAGGAGGAGCCAGGCGAAGUGGGAUGAGAUGGAGAGCAAGCAUGGUUCAAGCCUGGGUCCAGAGAACCUGGGCUCGAGGGAUAGGAAGAGUAGGGAGAUCGAGAGAUUGCGGAAGGAGAGGGAGCAGGUUAUGUCUACUGUGCAUCUCCACAUGAAUCCACACCAGCUAACUGUGGAGCUGACGGAGGCAAAGCUGCACUACGGUCUGGGCGAGACAGACACUCUCCUGAAGAUGCUGUCGUCUGGAUCCAGAGAGGAACCCUCGUCUGUCCCCUCAAACCAGCAGCUCUAUGACGGACACAGGAGGAGUAUUGAGGGUUUGAGGCUGGAGAGGGAGGCCCGGCUCCAGACCUACCGUCGGGCCCGCAGCCUCAGCCCCAGUAAACACCCCCGCUCCCCUCCUCAGGAAGACCUCACCUCCUCUAGGGUCUCCGCCCUGCCCAGCCGCCGCAAGGACUACUUGCAGCAACUCCGCCAGGAGGUGGUUGACAGCACCAGGAUUCCGGAUCCACCGCGAGGAGAGGGUCAUUACCCGUCUGAGAUCGAGCAGCUGUUGCGUGACUACGGCCGCGCCCGAGAGGAGGCCAGGACGGAGAUCGCCCGGGCACGAGAACGCCUCAGGGAAAGAACGGAGCAGGAGAAGAGACGUUUGCAGCAACAAGCUCUCUCUCAGGUGGUCACGGAUGACUUGCGUCAUCGGACCCGGAUCAGCAGCAGUACUCUGUGUACUGGGUCGAGUCUUAGCUUGUCCUCAGGACCCACCUCAGGCUACAACAGUGGCAACACCACCCACCUGAAAGAUGGCUGCAGACCCACGCUCACUGUACAGGCCCAAGGAGUCCAUGAAGAUGGGCUGAGUUCCAGGGCUCGUCCACCUCUGGCCGGUUCUCAGGGAAUUAGGAGCCAACGUGCCUGGCUAUCUGUGCAGGAUGUUCGCCUUGAGCCUGGGGUCCUGACCUUUGAUCCUCUGAUGUCAUCGCCAUCAUCGCCUACCUCCCUACGCCAGCGCACCGCCUCGUUUGGCUCCUCCUCCUCCAUCUCCACAGCCUAUCAGGACAUCACGUCUUGCCUGCUUGGCCGAGCGUUGGCUGAGGUGCGCUUGGCUGCUGGCGGGGACAUAGGGAACCUGGUGAUGGGCAAAGCCACUGCUGGAUGGAGGUAUCAAGGUAGUGAGCGAGGGGUCCAGGCCUACCACAGGCCCUCAUCCAGCCCGUCCAUGCAUGGCUUCCUGGGGGCGGCGGAGCUAGACAGGCCCCUGGCCAGCUUGUGGGGCCUGGUCAGAGAGCCUUCCAAGACCAACCUCCUGCACCUGUCCGUCCGCUCAGCCUGGACACAACCACUAGAUGGCAGCACCCAGCUGGUGUACCUGGUGACAGACCCGUCCUCAUGCCAUCUGAAGCAGCCCAGAGACUUCUGCUGUGUCAGCACCGAGGCCAGACAGGGCGACCUGUGUGUGCUGGCCAUGCAGUCUGUGUUUGAGGAGUCCCUCCCUCGCCCCAGCAUGGACAUCGUCCGCGCCGAGAUGUUGCCCAGCGCCUGGCUCCUCCAGCCAAUCACACGUGGCGGCAGAGAGGUUGUCCGUGUCAUCUUCCUGCUGCAGGUGGACCUUGGCAGCCCCUCCCUCCCCCAGAGAGUUCUGAACGCGGUUGCCAGGAGACAAGCAUCGGCCAUCGCUGAGCUGGACGCCAUCUGCUUGCUCUGACACUCCAGGAGCGAACACACACACACGUAGCAUUGAGCACUUAGACUAAACACCCCAGUGUGGGACUGGUCUCUCUUUCAAUUUGCACCCAACUUUAUUUACUUGACUUCUUUUAUUUCUAUGAAGAGCACUGAUGUUAUGUUGAUCUUGUGAUCAUGCAGUUUUUUAUAUGGAGUUACUAUUUUUUCAUAAAUUCCUUUUUUUAAUUAUUAUUGUGUAUUUAUGUAUCAUAGGUGUUUGUUAACUAGUGUAUAGUAGUACAACUGUACAUAUGCUUGUAACAAUUCUAGUUUUGCCAAAGUUUGAGUGGUCUAUAUCAAAGACCCAUAAAUCUUAUAUGGGUAUCAAGGUACAAAUUCAGUACAAAAGUUCAGAAACUAUAUGUACGACCAUGUUUGUUCCAAUCAAGCACUAAGCCAGUUGAAGACACCAAUCUGCUAUAUAAUCUGUGCUAAUUCAGUAAUGCAGUGAAUGGUAUCUCUUAAUUCAAACUCAUAGAUGUAUUUCUACUUUCUGGUGGUGACCUUUCACACCUCAGGGGCAGUCCCAGAUAUGACCCGCCUCACCCCCGUCUAGUGUUACUGCAACCUCUGACAAGGCUGACCCCUGCAUGCAUCCCAUUCCAACCCCCCUUUAUAUUCAAAACACUGAUUUUGUUGAAAUAUAUGUAAGUCUCCACUUCCACACUCACUGUCCAUCCUGUUAGGGAGUCUAAUAUAUCUGUACUGAUAGCUUUGUGUCGAUAGUUCUCUGGUUACCAAGGUGAUGUUUGGUCACCCUGGUAUCCUGUGUUGAUGUCACACAGCAGAGCAUCAGGGUCUCACACUACCCAGCGGAGAGACUAAAGGUGUUUUCUAUGGUAUUUCUGUGGUAAAAUAGGGGUAAAUAAGUUGUUGUAGUUAAGCUACAUGUAGGGUACAUGUAUUGAUCGUAACACCCUCAUUUGCAUAAGAUGAGUCAGGAGGAUUUGCGUUCUCAUCAGUGUGUAUUUAUUCGUUGUCUGUUAUUUAUUUCUGUUUCCUCUGUUUCCUGUUGACUGUGCUUUUUAAUCAGGACUUUUCGGAUGUGGAGUGGAAGACAAUGCAAUGCUUGAAGUUAUAGUAAUUGUUUUUCAAAACAAUUAACCGUUAAUAUUAGAAUUGUUUAUUUUGAUUUCUUGCACAAAGCAAAGAAUGCAAUGAGUAAUUUAGUUUUCAUUUAAUCUUUAUGAUUUUGUACAAUGUGGAGACUAUGCAUAUAGUUUAUCUUCAGUAUAGUUAUCAGUUAUACAUCCAUGCUGGGUUAGACCCAGCACUUAAGCCAUACAUAAUGUAUAUUAAUGACAAUUUAAGUCAAGAUUGUUGUUGAUUGUCUAGCAGUUCCCAUGGGAACCAAAUAAUAAACUGAAGGAUAAUGUUUCUCCUGGGAAAGCAAGGAAGGAGCUAAAUUACAACCAUUUGUAAUAAUUGUGUUUGGCUGCAUAUUUUGUAAAAAUAUAGGCCUAAGUGCCUUUUCUACCAUGUUGAAAUCUAUGAUUAUUUAUGCCUUGUUACGGUUAUAACCUCUGUGUGUGUUUUCAACGAAAUGCAAUCUAUCUGCAUAUGUUAUUUUCUUAAAUAUAGCCUACAUAUUUUUCAAGG